ACCGGCGAGCAACUAUGGAAGAGCGUGACAUCGGUCAGCAGUGCUGGGCGCAAGAAGGGACGAGGUAGAGCUGCUAAACGUCCAAGAAACCUUAACAUCGGACAGCAUAUUGGCGAAGGUCCUGUAAACACGUUAUGGCCAGGCUUAAAUGCCCCAAUAAUGGUCGGCAAAGAGAUGUUGCAUCGAAAAUACAUCCCUCCAAACGAAGAGCGAGAAACUAAAUUGCUGAAGCUUCGUGAGGUGCGCACUCGCCGCACGGUCAAAGUGCAUCCAUUGGAGCGUGGUUGGUCCGGAAGAAGCGUCGAAGGACGGAAGCUGGGUCCACCGGAGAUUGUGAAAGACAGCGAGGACGCUCAGAACUACCAGUCGAUCAUUCUCGAAAACAAGAUCGUCAGUCACAUGACCGCGAAACGAGGACGGGUCAGGAGGGCUAGCAUUUUAGCGGUGGUUGGCAACGGCAAUGGGGUGGCGGGCUUUUCUUUCGAGAAAAUGUCAGACGUGAAAUCGGCAAUAAGGAAGGCCACAAAUUCAGCAGCAAAGCGACUGCAGUAUAUCGAAAGGUUAAACGGACACACAAUUUACCAAGACUUUUGGGCCGAAUGCUAUAGCACUAAGAUCUUUGCCCGCAGAAUGCCUGAAGGAUACGGACUGAGGUGCCAUCGGGCGAUUAAAGCGAUAUGUGAGCUGAUCGGUAUUAAGGACAUGUACGCUCGUACCGAAGGCAAUACCAGGAACUAUAUCGCUCUGACCAAGGCAUUGUUCACGGGUCUUCGCGACCAAGAGACCCAUCAACAGCUAGCUGAGAGGAAACGGUUGUACGUCGUCGAGUUCCGCAAAGAAACAGGCUACAUUCCAACGAUUGUCGCCAAACCUCUGACGGCACCUGUUCGUACCGAGGAGGAAAUCGAGGCGAACGAGGUGCUCGACGUAGAAGAUAUGUACGCGGAGGGGCGGUACCCGUUAAAGAAGAAGAAUCGCGUCCCGUUUUUCUUUCACUUCCCAAGCUUCAAGAAGAAGCAAUUGCGAAUGCGCGCGCUCCGAAAUCAGGAAGACGUGAAGAUCCGUCUUUUGGCCGAGGGGGUGCUGGAAGGCAUCGACAGCGUUACGCUAAAGCGACAGUCUGAAAGGGAGCAUGAACGAAUGCUGCAAGGAGAGGUGCCUUUGCCAUUGGGCAUCGGCCUGACAGCCGUCACUCGCGAUUCUUUGGAAGAAGAGGUGUCAUCGUAA